AUGGAAUCUUAGUUAAGCUUCAUUUGUAUUCGAUAGCAUACUUUUUUUGAUUAGAAAUAUGUUCUUUAGUUGCUUCCAACUAAGAUUACUCUAAGUUAGGUAUGCAUCAAAUAUUAUCACAGAUUGGAAAGGAUCCGAAAUACAUCAUUGAAUUAGAUUUACAUUACACCAUUUCAUGGCAGUUAAAUCAAAUGAAAUAACUAACAAGCUUUAGCAUUAUAUGGAACAACAUGGAGAAAUAAUUCCAAUCAUCUCAUGAAGACCUUUUAAAAUUGCGAUAAACUAUAAGAAAUAGAAUUAUGUAUUCCUCAGUUAGUUAGCUUUACAAACCUAUGCAUUAAUUAGGUGAAGGAAAUUUUGAUGAAGUAAUUCAUAAUCAACAUUUAGGUAUAUUUAUGUAUUGACAGGAUAAAUGGCAGUUCAUACGAAAUAAAAUGUCUUGCCAAAAACUAAUUUGAAGAUUCUAUUGUACAUAUUGCAUAUAAAAUUAGACACGAAUUCAUAAUGAGAUUUCUUGCUUAAUAAAUAUUCGAUCUGAUUAUGUGUAAAAUCUACAUGAAGUUUAUAACGGAGAGAAUACUGUAUAUUUAAUUUAAGAAUAUCUGGAAGGAGCAAACUUGUAUGAAUUAAUUAUGAAUGUCGCUUUGGAUAAAACUUAAAUAUUAAUUAUUAUGAAAGUAAUAUAAAUUAUCAAUAUUAUAGCAACUAAUUACUGCUGUUAGAGAUAUCCAUUCCAGUAAUAUAAUGCAUAGAGAUAUUAAACCUACAAAUAUCGUAUUCAAAAAUAAAGAUUCCUUAGAAGGACUAAAAUUAACCGAAUUUGAUUUAGCAGUGCCUAUUAAUCCUUCAUAAGAUUUAAGAGUUUGUGGAACUCCUGGUUAUGCAGCACCCGAAAAAUUCAAAGACUGCUAUAAUGAAAAGGUGGAUCUUUUCAGUGUUGGAUGUAUUUUCUUUAAAUUGUAAAAUUAAUGGUUUUAUUAUUCUUAAUAGGGUUACAACCCGUGAUUUAUUUCCAGGAAAAACAUCCAACGAGAUCUUAAGGUUAAAUAAAAUCUGCAACAUUGACUUAAAGAUACUUCAAUUAUAUAAGCUAACUCCAGAAGAAAUCGAUCUUUUGUAAAAUCUGCUUGAAAUUGAUCCAGAAAAAAGAAUAAGUGCAGAAUCAGCUUUAUCUCAUUCUUAUUUUUAAAGCGACAUUACUCAUAAUGAUGAAUAGUAAUUAGCUAAGAAAAAGUCAAUAUAAGGUCCUACACCUGGAGAGAGAAACAAUAAUCCUCUUUAAAAAGAAAUCAACGAAAUUGAAAAGUAUCCAGAUGAAUUGUAAGUAGAUCAUGAGUCUCCUCACAUUAGUGCUAUUCCCAAUUUCAAAGUAUUGAAAAAGGAUUCGCAAAUUCAAACACAUCAAGUAAUACGAAAAAGCUCAAAGUUAAAAAAAAGUGAGACUCAAGAAUAUGCUCAAUUAAAUUUCAACAAGUCUAGAUUUUAGGCUAGAAAUUCUGUUCAAUAAACAAUUGUUUGA